AUCUCACUCUGUGACUCCCUGUGUAUAUAAAUUCUGCUGCCUAAACCCCAACAACGUAUAACUCACGAAUCUCUCGUGCUGCUCCGAACAUGUCGUCGGCAACAUCACCCUUCUCCGCCGACCACAAAUACAAUUUCUUCAACCACGACCAAAGAUUAAUGGACCCCAAAAAUCUUCCUCAGAAAUCCAAACCCCGCGUCUCUCCCACUCUCGGAGAGCUCUUGAAGCGAGUCGAAGAUGCACGGUCCGGCGCCAACUCUCCGGCUCAUCGAGUCCUCGACGUCUCGUACGCCUGCAGCUCCGUGCCUCCCUCCUACCCUUUCGUUCUCUCCUUCAACAACCUCACGUACAGCGUCAAGGUCGUCCGGAAGAUCUCGUUGCCGUCGUGCUGUUCUAAAAACGACGACCCGUUUGACUCGAUCGGUAACAGUAAGAUUUUACUCAACGACAUCUCGGGCGAGGCCAGAGAGGGUGAAAUCAUGGGCGUUCUUGGCGCCAGUGGGUCCGGUAAAUCCACACUCAUCGACGCUCUCGCGGAUCGGAUUUCCAAAGAGAGCCUCAAAGGGUCCGUUACCUUGAACGGCGAGGUCCUGGAGUCGAGGCUUUUGAAGGCGAUAUCUGCUUACGUCAUGCAAGACGACCUGCUGUUUCCCAUGUUAACCGUGGAAGAGACGCUCAUGUUCUCCGCCGAGUUCCGCCUGCCUCGCUCCCUCUCCAAGUCCAAAAAGAGAGCUAGAGUCCACGCUCUCAUCGACCAAUUAGGCCUGCGAAACGCAUCCCAGACCGUGAUCGGCGACGAAGGCCACAGAGGCGUUUCCGGGGGCGAGCGCCGGCGUGUUUCUAUCGGAAUCGACAUCAUUCACGACCCGAUAGUCUUGUUUCUCGACGAGCCCACUUCCGGCCUCGACUCCACGAGCGCUUUCAUGGUCGUCAAGGUCUUGCAGCGAAUCGCCCAGAGCGGAAGCAUCGUCAUCAUGUCCAUUCACCAGCCCAGUUACAGAAUUCUCAGCGUGUUAGACCGCCUCAUCUUCCUCUCCCACGGACAACCCGUGUACAGCGGCUCUCCAGCGGCACUACCGCUCUUCUUCGCCGAGUUCGGGCACCCGAUACCCGAAAGCGAGAACCGGACCGAGUUCGCCCUUGAUCUGAUUCGCGAGCUCGAAGAAGAUCCCGAGGGAACCAGGAGCCUAGUCGAGUUCAACAAGUCAUGGCAAACAAAGAUUAAGAAGCAACGAAACAACGAGGACAACAAUUUCCGCGAUAACCGGCCAAAGCAGCUUUCACUCAAAGACGCCAUAAGCGCAAGCAUUUCCAGAGGAAAACUAGUCUCCGGCGCUCCCAACAGCGGGAGUUCUACUUUCACGUCGUCGGUUCCGACAUUUGCCAACCCAUUCUGGAUUGAAAUGCUGGUUAUCGCCAAACGCUCGAUGACGAACUCCAGAAGAAUGCCGGAGCUCCUCGGAAUCAGAUUCGGUGCGGUGCUUGUUACUGGGAUUAUUUUAGCCACCAUUUUCUGGAGGCUCGAUAAUUCCCCCAGAGGCGUCCAAGAACGCUUAGGCUUCUUCGCCUUCGCCAUGUCAACCACCUUCUACACCUGCGCCGAAGCCAUACCAGUCUUCCUCCAAGAGCGAUACAUUUUCAUGAGAGAAACCGGUUACAAUGCUUACCGCCGUUCCUCCUAUGUGCUCUCCCACUCUCUCAUGUCCAUCCCUUCUCUAGUCUUCCUCUCCUUGACCUUCGCCGUCACCACGUUCUGGGCGGUCGGCCUCGCCGGAGGAUUCACCGGGUUCUUCUUCUUCUUCCUCACAAUCUUGGCGUCGUUCUGGGCCGGCAGCUCCUUCGUAACGUUCCUCUCCGGCGUCGUCUCUCAUGUGAUGCUGGGUUACACUGUCGUCGUCGCCAUCCUGGCCUACUUCCUCCUGUUCAGCGGGUUUUUCAUCAGCAGAGACCGAAUCCCACCCUACUGGCUUUGGUUCCACUAUAUUUCUCUGGUGAAGUAUCCGUACGAAGCUGUUCUGCAGAACGAGUUUUCCGAUCCCGUGAAGUGCUUCGUGAGGGGCGUCCAGAUGUUCGACAACACGCCGCUUGGGAUGGUGCCGAAUCCGGUGAAGGUGGAGCUUCUGAAGAGCUUGAGCGGCACGCUGGGCGUGAACAUCACGAGCUCCACGUGUGUGACCACCGGGUUGGAUAUACUGAAGCAGCAGGGUAUCACUGAUAUCAGCAAAUGGAAUUGCCUGUGGAUCACUGUGGCCUGGGGUUUUUUCUUUAGGGUUCUCUUUUAUUUUUCUUUGUUGUUUGGAAGCAAGAACAAGAGGAGCUGAUAAUCAAGACAUAAGAGAUUUAAUUUUCUUCUGUUUAUUGUUAUGAUUAUUAUUAUUUUUUCAGAUAAACUUGUACGUGUUGAUUAAUUAAGUUGCAUGUUCAAUUUGUAUUCGAAAUGGGAUCUGAUUGUUCCUAUUUGGCUUCAAUGUAAAACUGUAAUUGAGAAUAUAUAUAUAUAUAUACCAAUGUUCUUUGUUUAA